UUAUUUUUAAUAUAAUAUAUUAUUAAUAAAAUUAUUUAUAAUAAAAUAUAAAGGAAUAUAAAAAAAGUUCACAUAGUAAUUAAAUUAGUUAAGAAUUUUCAAUAUAAGCAUUAGAUUAAAUUGAUAAUUUUUAGAAAAACCUAAUUAAAAGAAUAGGAAAUUAUUGUUAAUUAAAAUAUAAAUUUUGGUAAAAGCUUAAAACCGAAGGUUUUCAAAAUAUGAAUAAUUUUUAAUAAGCAUCAAUAUAAUUAUCAAAUUUAGGUUUAGAAUUAAAAAAUGAAUAUUAAAAUUAAUUAAAAAAAUUAAAUUUAAAUUGGGCUAAAGAAAAUAUUACGUUUUUUAGAAUAAAAUCAAUUUAUUUUGCAUUAAUUUUAAAUGAUUUUGUUUCGGCUUUAAAAUAAGAAAACAUAGUUUAUGAGUUAUUGUAAAGAGACUCUAAUAAAGGAAACGAUAUUGUCCAAAAUUACACUAUUAUUAAAGGGAAUUUGCAAUUAUUAAAAAUAUCAAUCUCAAAAGAUAGAGGCAGAAUAUUAAAUAAAUCAAAUAAUAAAAUAGCGAAUUUUUUUAAUUAUUAAUUACAAGAUUUUAAGUAAUUAACUUAUAUAAAUGAUUUAAUGCCUUCAUUUCUAAAAAAUAUACACAAUUAAUUAAUAACAAAUAUGCUUGAUAGAGGUUAUUCAAAACUUGUUAUGAAUAUAAAUAAAACUUUUUUUAUGGAUAAAUAAGGAUUUAUUACACCAAUAAAUAUAUAUAUAUGUAACUAAGAUGGAUAUUAUGAUGAUUUUGUUAUGAACUCUUUUUUAUAAGAAUAUAAAUAUUUCAUUUAUAAUACCUUAAAUUUCAACUUUAUUUUCGAAAUUUAAAGAUUAGAUUAAUAUCAAUGUUAAUUAAUAAAGUACUUAACUAAUGAUAUAAAAUUAAAGUUCAAGAUUAAAAAUACCUUAUGA